ACUGCACUCAUGCACUGCACGAGUUCACGGGAUUUACGUUGCAUCGUUUUCCUCAAGUUUCGUAAUAUUUUGAAAAUAAAUUGCUUACAUUUUACUAACCAUUCACACAUUGCUGACUAAGAUUUUCGGAACUGUCGUAUUAACCUUUGGAAGAUGACAGUACCUCCGACCAUGAAGAAGAUCAACAAGAAAAUACCCGGAAUUUUACCACCACCACCUAAGACAGAAAUUGAUGGUAAAAUAUCUGAUCUAUCUUCCAAAACCGUUGCUGAACUUCGAGAAUUACGUGACCGGCAGGUAAAGCUGUUAAAUAACAAGUCUUUUAUUAGUAAACUGGCCGAUAAAGGAGUGAAAAUUCAAGCCUUACAUGAUAGAAUUGUUAAAGAAUUAAAAGCAAAGGAAGAUGAAGAACAGACUUGUCGUCUUCUAGAUAACCUAACCCUAAGUUCAGUAAAUAAACAAACAAUGCAGGACCUAGAAUGGCUUGGAAAAUCUAAUAAGUCUGAUACUUACCUAGAUUCAGACGAUGAUAGUGAGCCGGAAGAUGUCCUCCAGAUCCUGAGUCAAAGUACAGCUCACGAAAAAACAGUCAAAGUAUUACCACCUGAGAAACCUCUAGUAACACCAGAAGAUGUAGCUAAAAUAGAGGAACUUCCACACAUAAAGUAUUUAGUUGAGAAAACUGAAAGUAACACAAAACCGAAAGCCACAGGAAACUUCAAACCGUACAAAACGACAAAGUCUGACGUUCAUAAUCCUGAAAAAGAACUGCUUAGGAAAAAGCAUAAACACUGGGAAGUUACAGCGGCUACUCCACCACCAAGUAUCCACGGGCCAGCUAAAGUUUUAAGUUUAGAAGAAUCUUUGAACUUACAGAAAGACUAUAAUUUACACUUGAAGGAGGUCGAAGCACAGCACGCUGCGGAGAAACUGAUGGAAAGAACGGGUAUAAAAAUGCCAGCUUUGCCAAGAGAUGUUACUUCGUUUGGGCAGUACAGAGAUGCUGAUUCCGAUGAGUCGGACAUGGAGGGGAGUGACAAAGAAGUAGUGGACGAGGACCCUGAUGGAGGGGGAGUGGUUUUUACGGUUACAGAACAUUAGACAUUUUGAUAAAAAUACUUCAAAGAAUAAGAUGAUUUUGAUAUUGAUUAAUCUAAAGCAAUAUAUGAAUAUGGUCUUAAUAUAUUAGUUAUUUUCAUAAGGUACAGCAGGGCAAAUCUCGACUGGGGGGCAAAUGUAACUUCAGUAGAACGGAUACAUGUAGAACUCAAUCAACAUCAUAGGGUAAUAAUGGAAAAAUUGAUUAUUUAAUGUUGUAAAAUGCUAUUUUUAUUAAAGUU